CUAAAUUUAUUUUUGCUACAUUUAUACAUUCGAAUGAUAUUAAUUUUUUAAUCUAAAAAGGAAACAGCUAAUUCUGUACUACACUGUAGUAAAUAUGAGUACCACUCACCACUGUAGAAUCUGUGGUGCAUUUUCUGUUUUGGGGAAGUAAACUGGUAAACAUCAAUCUAACCUAAAUUCAAUGAUUGCAGAAAACGGAACAAUAGUUUUUAUUUAAUGAUCAAAAAAUUAUGCUCUGAAAACAUCUUUAAUUAAAAUUAUGAGUUAUGAACAGCAGUACACGUUUUUUUAUAUUGUCCAAAUUUAUCUUGCAUAGGACAUAUUCUGAUUCUGUAAAAGCAACAAAAAUUGCAGGUAACCCUAAAAGACCAUCUCAUAAGAGAGUUAUCAACAGGUUUUUCCUUGAGAAUGAACAUUUAACGGCUUUAAAAGAACACAUUCCUGAACAGCACCUUACUCUUCGAAGAGCAGGGUUACCAGAAAACUUGUAUCUGAUAUGUCCAAAAGUAGCAAAGAUUAUUGCAUCUCACGUAAAAGCAGCCACUGAAUCGAAUGGAAACAAUCAAGUUAUAGCAGAGACAAACGCAGGCUUGGGAUUGAUAUCCAUGGAAUUAUUAGAAAAUGGAGUGACACCAGUUAGAGUAUAUGAAACGUGUCCUGAUUUUAGGAAGGAAUUAAAGGAUUUCGAACAUGUGUAUUCUGGCCAAGUGGAGGUAUUUACUAAGGACAUAUUCCAUUUGUACUGGUACUCGUACAUGGACAGACAAGAUCACAGAAAAAGAGUAGAUAUGCUGCUUAAGGAUGUGCCAAAAAGAAGUUGGUCUGAUGAUCCUGUAAUGACGAUAGUAGGAGCUAUGCCAAAAUUUUCCUUUUUGAAAUACUUGAUAAAGUGUCUGUGUCUUCAAAGUGAGAUCGUGACAUAUGGACGGAUCCAAAUCAUCGCCAUAAUGAGGCCUAGUCAUUUCGCUAUUUUAAACUCUACUCCUCAAGACAAUUUACUUGCUUACCAGUAUUGGACAAUGUUGUCCAACUUAUUUUUCGAAUAUGAACUGUUGGAGAAAAUACCCAGAAAUGUUUAUUUGCCAUGGGAAUCCCCUCAAUCUGUGACUUCACUGAAGCGUUACCCAAUGAACUUAGAUCCCGACAAAUUGUAUUUGGUCAAAUUGAAUUUGAAAAACUUACCUGUGGCCGUAGAGCACCUGUUGCCACUGUUAUAUUUUGGAAAGCAUUUUUUUGGCAGGGGAUCCAAACGAAUUAUACCAACCAUUGAGAAAUGGAUCCCUGGAUGUGGUUUGAAUAUACUGCUGCCAAAAUUGGAACAUCCUGAUUAUUUUGACGAUAUAAGUAUAUUUACACAAUUUAGAGAAUUGACGCCAUCCCAAUUAUUGGCUGUGUUUAAGGAACUGGUAAACUAUCCUUCUUACCCCAGUAGUUCGUUCAAAACUAUGGUUGAAAAUAAUGUGUUAAAAAGUGAAACAGUAGAAACUGAUUUGGCAGAAUCCCCGUCACAGACAAACGUAGAAGAUCUUGAACAGAAGCUUGGUAUUGACUAGCCUGUCCUUGAUUAUGAAACUUCAAUAGUAAAAUGUACGAUGUGUAAUAUUGAGGAUUAAAAGGAAUAUACGUGGAGUGUGUUAUAGUAAAAGAUGAUGAAUAUAAGAAAUAAAUCAUAUGAAUAUAUUGAUUAAAUUUUUA